ACUUGUGCGCAUGCGCGCGUCCACGCCGAAGGGCUGCAGAAGGGCACAGCGCUGAAGCGCAGCUCUCCUAAGUAAGCGGCUAUAAUUAACUUAUUUGGCCUCGCUGCCUUCGGUGGCCUGCCUGCCUGGCUGCCCGCCUGCCCCCCGGCUGACUCGGAGGCAAACAUCCGAGCGGAGCGCAUCGGACACACGCGCAGAGAAGGGCGGGGGUCCCUUCAUUCUGGCCGGAGACUUUCUUCCACUUUUGUUUUGCUUUUCGUCACAAUGUUCCGUUUGAGCAAGAUCGCUGGAGCUUUGAGGACACUUUUAGUUGGGUUCGUCAUCAAAUAAGAAGGCGUGUGCUCCGGCCCGGGGCACGGCAUGGGACUUUGGCACCUCCCGCGCCGUCCUUGAUGAGAGAGCCGGCGGGGGGACGCAGCAGAGGAGCCGCCGCCGCCGCCGCGGUGGAGAGGAUGGAGCUGACGGCCAGCGCCGCUCCCUCGGCGUCGCCCUCCCCCUCUCCUUCGUUGCGGGGCCACAACGUGGCGGCUCUGGUGCUGGGCGUGCUGCUCAUCGUGGUGAUCGCGGGCGGCAACGCGCUGGUGUGCGUCAGCGUGCUGACCGAGAAAGCCCUCAAGACCACCACAAACUACUUCAUCUUCAGCCUGGCGGUGGCCGACCUGCUGCUGGCCGUGCUCGUGCUGCCCCUCUUCGUCUACUCUGAGUUCCAGGACGGCGUGUGGACGCUGAGCACGAGCGUGUGCGACGGCCUGAUGAGCAUGGACGUCAUGCUGUGCACCGCCUCCAUCUUCAACCUGUGCGCCAUCAGCGUCGACAGGUUCAUCGCCGUGCUGAUCCCGCUCAACUACAACCGCAAGCACGUGGACCUGCGGCAGGCCGUCCUGCUGUCGGCCACUUGGUUGCUGGCUUUGGCCGUGGCCUCUCCCGUCAUGCUGGGGGUCAACCAGGUGGCGGGCCGCCGCCCCGACGAGUGCAAGCUGGAGAACGCCGACUACGUGCUCUACUCGUCCGUGUGCUCCUUCUUCAUCCCGUGUCCCAUCAUGUUGCUGCUCUACUGCGGCAUGUUCCGCGGCCUGCGGCGCUGGGAGGAGGCGCGCAAGGCCAGGCUGAGGAGGAGCAUCCAAGCCUGCCGCAAGCUCAGGGAGGCCGACGCCGCCGGUGGCCCGCUCCAGCCCCUGCCGCCGCUUUUGCCGCCCGUCAUCCAACGGGAGCCGGCCCACCCGGCUGACGCCUCGGGACGGGCGCCCGCCGUCAACUUGGCCGACGUGAAAUUGGACCCGCGGCCUCGGCGCAGAAGCAGAGCCAAGAUCAACACGCGCGAGAGGAAGGCCAUGAAGGUGUUGCCUGUGGUCGUAGGCGUGUUCUUGUUAUGCUGGACGCCGUUCUUUGUGCUGCACAUUGUGCGCGCCCGCUGCCAGGCGUGCGACAUCCCGCCCGCCGCCAUGAGCGUGGCCACGUGGCUGGGCUACGUCAACAGCGCGCUCAACCCCGUCAUCUACACCGUCUUCAACGCCGAGUUCCGCCGCUUUUUCAAAAACUUCCUGCGCCGCUGUUGCUCUUUCCGCUGCAGCGGCGACUGA